CAUGCCCAGUUACCCUUCCUCUCCACUUGCAACCUGUCCCUGAGAGGCCCGCGGCGUCUCCGCUUCGCCUCACCACCCACCACCACCUCCUCAUCCAGCAGCUUUCUCCUUUGCUGCCCCUCCCCUUUGCCGCGGUCAGGGCUGUGCAGCCCCCGCGUUGCAUUGGGGUCCCGUGCCGAUCGCCAGGCCGCGUGAUCCACCCGUGCUCGAGCAAGCGCCUCGCGCUCCUCUUCUUCAUCUUCGUUGCGGCCACCUUUGCCUUCUGGGACCGCCAGGCGCUCGUCAGCGAGUACGAGUCUGAUUUGUAGCUGGAUCUGGUUAAUUGAAAACGGGUGGCAUGGAGCCAUCUCUUCCGCCUGGCGCCUGCUGCCGCUGAGGCGCUGACUGGGAGUUCGACACCAUUUCUUCGUUCUGAGGAGUAGUAGGUGGCAACAGUCGCCGAUCUGCCGGCAGUGGCGUGUAUUCCCUCCGGCGUGCGCAGGGCCAGGCAAGGGCACUGGACGCGGGCGUCUGAAAGAAGCCGGCUAGGAGGACCACGGGUCCACGGCUGGGCAGUGGCCGGGCGCUGCGCCUGCGCUGGGCGUGUGGGCGGCCCGUGGUGGGGCUGGCCUCGGCCCCCGGGGUCGCUAGCGGCCGGCUGAUGAGAACCGUGAACCAAUAAUUUGGCAACAAGACGCCCCUGACCCCUGUGGACGGCUCCGUUCUUUGUGACGUGGUCGCCAGUCCAGUCGGCGCUCUCAGAUGGCCCGCGGGUUAUGGCUCCUCUCCCGCGAGGUGGGGAGGCUGCGGCCGCUGCUUGUUCAGGGGCAGGCGAGGGGCAUCUCUGCCUCCGCACAGGAGCAGCUCCAUGUCUGCGUCGUUGGCAGCGGCCCCGCUGGGUUCUACACCGCCGACAGGAUGUUGAAGGGUCAUGAUGGAGCACAGGUUGAUAUAAUUGAUAGGCUACCCACACCAUUUGGCCUAGUUCGUUCUGGAGUAGCUCCAGAUCAUCCAGAAACAAAGAUUGUGGUGAAUCAAUUUUCUCGUGUAGCUGCAAAUGGGCGCUGUUCAUUCUUUGGGAAUGUAACUCUGGGAAGGGAUAUAUCUUUGUUAGAGCUUGGCAAAACAUAUCAUGCUGUUGUUCUUGCUUAUGGUGCAGAAAGUGAUAGGUCACUUGGAAUUCCUGGAGAGGACCUGAAGGGAAUUCAUUCAGCUCGAGAGUUUGUCUGGUGGUACAAUGGACAUCCAGACAUGUGCGACUUCUGUCCAGAUUUAAAAAACACAGAAUCUGCUGUUGUCCUUGGACAGGGAAAUGUUGCUCUGGAUGUUGCUCGUAUUCUUUUACGCUGUAAAGCUGAGUUGGCUACUACAGACAUUACUGAUUAUGCAUUGGAUGCUCUACGUGGCAGCACGAUAAGGAAGGUAUAUUUGGUUGGGCGACGGGGUCCAGUACAGGCAGCUUGCACAGCAAAGGAGCUGCGUGAAAUUUUAGGUUUGAAAAAUGUCCGUAUUUGCAUCAAGGCAGCUGAUCUCGUGACCACACCUGCGGACGAGGAGGAGAUGAGGAAUAGUAGAAUACAAAGAAGAGUUUAUGAAUUGUUGUCGAAAACUGCGCAUGGGGGCAACAAUUACAAUGGCCAAAAGGAGCUUCAUUUUGUGUUUUUCAGGAAACCUAUCAGGUUCAUCCCUGCAGAAAAUGGUUCCACGGUUGGUGCUGUUCAACUUGAGAAGACAGUAUUAAAAGGUGAUGAAGUAACUGGGAAGCAGGUCGCUGCUGGAACUGGUGAGUUUGAAGACCUAAAAUGUGGUCUGGUCUUGAAAAGUAUUGGUUACAAAUCCUUGCCUGUACAAGGUUUGCCUUUCGACAAAAACAGAGGAGUUGUGCCAAAUUUAAGAGGAAGAGUCCUGAGCAGCGAAUCAGAGAUUGCGACAGUAGAAAGAGGCCUGUAUGUGGUAGGAUGGUUAAAGAGAGGACCAACUGGGAUUGUUGCAACAAAUCUCCACUGUGCUGAAGAAACAGUGGCUAGCAUCCUUGAAGAUGAUAAGAAGGGUGUAUUAAGGCCCCCAUCUGAUUCGACGAAGCAUGGAAGGGCAGGACUCCUUGAGAUCCUAGAGCGAAAGAAUGUCCGCUUUGUGCCAUUCAGUGGCUGGGAGAAGAUUAAUUCCGUGGAAAAGAUGGCAGGGGAGCUGAGAAAUAAACCUAGAGAGAAGAUCACAACCUGGGAUGGGCUCCAGAAAGUUGCACACGAGUAAAAGGACGGGCCUCGGACCUCCACAAGAUUUUGUCAACGUAUUUUUUGUAUCAAAAGAAUCACAUUAACGAGAGAGAACCCUGUACUUAGCAAUAAAAGAUUAUAUCAACAUAUCUUGCUCAUGUUAAGGGGCCGAAUUUUUUGUAUUUUAAUCCUUUUUUCGAAACAAUUUCACGUUUAGAUCCUAGAUAA